AUGUCCUACGGGCUCCUGGGGACCCUCCUGCUCCUCCUGCCAGGAGCUGCCUCGGCAGAGGAGAGAUGGGUCCAGCAAAGCCCACGGCAGCUCUGGGUGCUCCCCGGAGAGACGGCAGAGCUGAGCUGUCGCAUCUCGAACGGCAGCGGGUAUGUGAACUGGUACAAGGAGGAGCUGGAUGGCAGUUUAUACUGGAUUAAACAGAGCUUGAGUUGCUGCUCUCCAGUGGGAAGAUACUCAGCGAAGCAGGAAGAUCAGCAGAAUUUUCCCCUCAUCAUCAGCCCCACGCAAAGGGAGGACUCCGGGGUUUAUUACUGCAGCUCCAUCGAUUUCCACCCCAUCUUUGGGGAUGGGACCAGGCUCAUUGUCACUGCUGCCACCGAGCCCGAGCUCUCCAUCCUGGUGCCCGUCGAUGUGGAGGAGCCUGGGCAGCCCCCGACUGACAUCCCCCUGCUCUGCCACCUCCACAACGUCCCUCCCGGCUGGGACACGGUGCGCUGGCAGCCCAGCGGGGAGGUGACAGAGGUGACAGCGGUGGCCACGGGCGAGCACGGUGUCCUCAGUGCCUGGAGCAUCACCCGGGUCUCGCCCGAGCAGCGGGACGGGACCGUGUCGUGCACGGCCGUGGAGAACAGCACGGGCACGACCCUCAGCGUUGCCAUCGCCAAAGGACUCAGAGAGGGUAAUUAA